CACAGAUUCCCAGUAACAUUCGCGUCUAGCUCCAAAUCCAGGACUCAGAGGCACGAGAGAAGAAGAGCAUCAGUCAAGGACAGCAGCAAUUUGAUGCAUUACCGAAACUACAAACCUUCAUCCAUAAUGUUUUUGACCAACUGUAUAUUUUGAGAGCAUGAAAUAUUUGACCAUGAAACAUGUCAUGUGGAAAUUUUAAGGCAAUAAGAUUCUGCCAAACCUCUGCAUAAAGAAUUCUUCACCUUGUAUGUAAGAAAACUCCCUGACAUCAUCAUGACAAACCAGGAAAAGUGGGCCCAUCUCAGCCCAUCAGAGUUUUCCCAACUUCAAAAAUAUGCUGAAUAUUCUACAAAAAAAUUAAAAGAUGUUCUCGAAGAAUUCCAUGGUAAUGGUGUCCUUGCAAAAUAUAAUCCAGAAGGGAAACAAGACAUUCUUAACCAAACAAUAGAUUUUGAAGGCUUCAAGCUAUUUAUGAAGACAUUCCUUGAAGCUGACCUUCCUGAUGAUUUCACAGCUCACCUUUUCAUGUCAUUUAGCAACAAGUUUCCUCAUGCUAGUCCCAUGGUAAAGACUAAACCUGCUCUCCUUUCAGGUGGACUGAGAAUGAAUAAAGGUGCCAUUACUCCACCCCGUGCUUCUCCUGCCAAUACAAGUUCCCCUGAAGUGAUCCAUCUGAAGGACAUUGUCUGUUACUUAUCUCUUCUUGAAAGAGGAAGACCCGAGGAUAAACUUGAAUUUAUGUUUCGCCUUUAUGACACAGAUGGGAAUGGCUUCCUGGACAGCUCGGAGCUAGAAAAUAUCAUCAGCCAGAUGAUGCAUGUUGCGGAGUACCUUGAAUGGGACGUCACUGAACUUAAUCCAAUUCUCCAUGAAAUGAUGGAAGAAAUUGACUAUGAUCAUGAUGGCACAGUCUCUCUGGAGGAAUGGAUUCAAGGAGGAAUGACGACGAUUCCACUUCUUGUGCUCCUAGGGUUGGAAAAUAAUGUGAAGGACGACGGGCAGCACGUGUGGAGACUCAAGCAUUUUAACAAGCCUGCCUAUUGCAAUCUUUGUCUGAACAUGCUCAUCGGCGUGGGCAAGCAAGGCCUCUGCUGCUCCUUUUGCAAGUACACAGUCCACGAGCGUUGUGUGGCUCGGGCUCCUCCUUCUUGCAUCAAGACCUAUGUGAAGUCCAAGAAGAACACUGAUGUCAUGCAUCAUUACUGGGUGGAAGGCAACUGUCCAACCAAAUGUGAUAAGUGCCACAAAACAGUUAAAUGUUACCAGGGCCUAACAGGACUGCAUUGUGUAUGGUGUCAGAUCACACUGCAUAACAAAUGUGCAUCUCAUCUAAAGCCUGAAUGUGACUGUGGACCAUUGAAAGACCAUAUUUUACCACCCACCACAAUAUGUCCUGUGGUAUUGAAUCUGCCCACUUCAGGAGUUUCAGUCACUGAGGAAAAACAAACAACAGCGAAAAAGGAAAAAAGUGUAUCUCAGCAGCCAAAUAAAGUGACUGACAAAAACAAAAUGCAGAGGGCCAACUCGGUAACUGUGGAUGGACAAGGUCUACAGAUUACUCCUGUUCCUGGAACACACCCACUGUUAGUUUUUGUGAACCCCAAGAGCGGUGGAAAGCAAGGAGAAAGAAUUUACAGAAAAUUCCAAUAUCUUCUAAACCCUCGCCAGGUUUACAGUCUUUCUGGAAAUGGACCAAUGCCAGGGUUGAACUUUUUUCGCGAUGUAUCUGACUUCCGAGUGUUAGCAUGUGGUGGAGAUGGAACGGUGGGAUGGAUUUUGGAUUGCAUAGAAAAGGCGAAUAUAAUCAAGCACCCUCCGGUUGCCAUUUUGCCUCUUGGGACCGGCAAUGAUCUAGCAAGAUGCCUGCGUUGGGGAGGAGGUUAUGAAGGUGAAAAUCUCAUGAAAAUCUUAAAAGAUAUUGAAAACAGCACCGAAAUCCUGUUGGACAGAUGGAAGUUUGAAGUUAUACCUAAUGACAAAGAUGAGAAGGGAGAUCCAGUACCUUACAGCAUCAUCAAUAAUUACUUUUCCAUUGGCGUGGAUGCCUCUAUUGCACACAGAUUUCAUAUCAUGAGAGAAAAACACCCAGAAAAAUUCAACAGUAGAAUGAAGAACAAAUUUUGGUAUUUUGAAUUUGGCACAUCUGAAACUUUCUCCGCCACCUGCAAGAAGUUACAUGAAUCUGUAGAAAUAGAAUGUGAUGGAGUACAGAUAGAUUUAAUCAACAUUUCUCUGGAAGGAAUAGCUAUUUUAAAUAUACCAAGCAUGCAUGGUGGAUCCAAUCUUUGGGGAGAGUCCAAGAGAAGACGAAGUCAUCGCAGAAUAGAGAAAAAGGGAUCUGACAAAAGGCCUGCACUCACAGAUGCCAAAGAGUUAAAGUUUGCAAGUCAAGAUCUUAGUGACCAGCUUCUGGAAGUAGUUGGUUUAGAAGGAGCCAUGGAGAUGGGGCAGAUAUACACAGGGCUGAAAAGUGCUGGACGGCGACUAGCACAGUGCUCCUCUGUGGUCAUCAGGACUAGCAAGUCUCUGCCCAUGCAGAUCGACGGGGAGCCAUGGAUGCAGACCCCUUGCACAAUAAAAAUUACGCACAAGAACCAAGCCCCAAUGCUGAUGGGUCCUCCUCCUAAAACUGGGCUGUUCUGCUCCCUCGUCCAAAGAACAAGGAACAGAAGCAAGGAAUAA